AUGAACACAAUCAAUAGGAGCGUCUUUGAGCCAAAUCUGCAGCGCGAUUACGGCCUACUUACAAGCAGCGUCAGUGGUACGCACGCCAUCGUAACCGGUGCGGCUGGCGGACUUGGUAAAGGGAUAGUGGAGGAACUUCUCCGCCACAACGCAUCCGUCGUCGCUGCAGAUAUUGACACCCGCGCGCUGCACGCACUCCCACAGCACCCCAACCUCCACAUACACCACGUGGACGUCACGCAGUACGCGUCGCAGCUCGCCCUGUUCCGAUACGCGCGCGCCACGUUCGGCAGGAUAGACGCCGUGUAUGCCAAUGCCGGGAUAGCGACGUCAGGCUAUUUAGCCGAUGUGGGUCAAGUGGGUGAACAAGACACUCCAACACCCCCCGAUCUGAAUAUUAUCGACGUGAACGUCAAAGGGGUGCUAUACACAACGCACCUUGCCGUGCAAGCAUUCCGGGAGGAUAAGCGGAGUAAUGCUCGUGGCGGUAUUGGCACCAAUAGCAAACCCCACACGCGCCAUCCCUCCAUCAUCCUCACAGGCUCAUUCACCUCCUUCCUCUCGUCGCCCUCCACACCCGCGGCAUAUGCAGCGUCGAAACACGCCGUGUUCUCGUUGAUGCGCUCACUCGCCACGACAGGAGAGUACGAGGGCUUUCGGUGCAAUCUCGUGUGUCCAUGGUUCACGCCCACGGCCAUGGUCGAGUCGUCUGUGCGCAUCCUGCUGACUGGCAUUGGGAUGGCCGCGGCAGAGCCCGUGGUGCGCGCAUUCCUUAUCGCUGGUAUGGACACCUCCCUUACUGGUGCAGCUCUCGUCAUCGAUACGGACGGCCUGUUUGUGAUUCCUGAUACGACAAUAAACUCUCACUGCGCUCAAGCUUUCAGAGAUCGCUAUUUGAGUGUGUUGAAAAUGCAACAUGCCGCACGUGUGUAUCGCACCCCACUUAUAUUGACAGGUGGUUUACUCACCGUGCUGUCACUGGCCAGCGGUGUCUCGUAUGUCCUGCGAUUCCUUAGAAAGUGCAAGUGA